AUGCGCGACAGCGAAAUGCUCCAGGAGCUAGGGCGCAUUCGCGCCCUGCUGAGUGAGCAUGACAGAAAGCACUCUGAUAUGAUUUCCAAAAUGCAACACACUAUUGAAGUCCAAGCUACAAAGACCUCAGCAACCUCCAAACCCGUCAAUACCCUCCCGAUGCCCCGAUCGACCUCAUAUCGCGACGCACUCGCGAAUCACGUGACAGCACAGUCCCCACAGGUCUCUGGAUGGAUGAGCAGAACGCAGACUAAUGGGACGUCGGUCCCGAGUAAUGAUCUGAGUAGUAGCAGCAGUGCACCUGCCCCAGUGAUGAUGCGCGAGCACCUUCAGCUAACCAUCCGCGGCACUGACCGUGCCAUCGUCGACCCUCUUCGCAGGAGAGAAGAUGAGAUGGUCAAACGGCUGAAUAGAUCCAUCAAUGACGCGGCUAGGGAGCUAGAGAAUACUUUGCCUAGUACGAGACUUCUAGACCGAGUCGUUUCCGCAGCACGAGUUCUGCCUAGUGGCGACGUCCUCAUCCAGGUAGAUGACAUCAAAGACUACGAAGGCCUCAUCAAGGCGGCACCCGCGGGGUCUUCCGACACCUGGUGCCAGGUGCUCGGCGAGAAUGCGGGACUGAAAAGACAAACCUACGCCGUGGUGGUUCACGGCGUGACCUGUCGAUUCUCACCCUCCGCCACGGAUGCGAGGAGGCAGCUGAAAGCCGAGAACGUCAGACGGAUCUCUACUGCUGCCGAAAUCGUAUACAUGGACUGGCUGAUGACCAAGAAGAAAAUGGAUGAAACGAGGCCAGAGUCCGCGAAGCUCCUGAUCGAGUUCGCCGACCCAUACGCUGCCAACCAGGCCAUUCUACGUGGUCUGGCGAUCUACGGAAGGAACCACGACUGCCAUUCUUCGACGGCAGUCACCGCCUCCAGCAAUGCUACCGCUGCCAGAUGGGAUCAUGAUUCCAAGGAGUGCCCACAUGCGCACGACCGCCGCAAGGCCAAGUGCGCUGAGUGUGUCAGGCACAAGAAACCCGAUCUCAGUCACUUUGCCUUUGAUCGGGGAUGCCCUAUUCGGGGCGAAGAGCUGGCAAAGAUCCAGCUCAACAGACGCCAGGGCCCGCAGCUACACCCGGAACGAUAUAGCGAGCCCGCCACGCCGCCAUCUAGCGAAGAGGAUCACCCUACACCCCCGAAACAGCUCAAGCGGAUAGCCGCGAAGGCCGCGAAGAAGAAGUCAUCAAGCCGCUCCCGCUCCCGGAUGAAAAAGCGGCGCGUUGUCGAGUCUGGCGAGGAAAGUCAGGAAGAGAUAGAAGAGGAUCUUCGCGCCCUAUCCAGCUAUGGCGCCCAACCAGUCGACUCUGUAAACGAUGUGGUGGUCAUCGACUCGCCGAGAGAAGCUGUCACCCCUGAGAGCUCCGCGCUCAUAGGCACACAGCACCGAGGGCGCAGCAAGAGUCCUGACGAGCUCGAGGAUGCGACCAGCCAGAAUGCUCCCCCCGCGCUCUCCACGCGCCGGCGAACACGGAAGGCCCUCCUCGAAGGACCCUCUCAAUGUUAA